AGUACACUGAGACUAUAUCACAUACGAGACAAGCACGGCAAAGAAAGAGGGCACAAGGAAAUUGAGCCUAAGUUUUAGGGUAGCCCCCAAAUAGUGGCGGCCUCUUCAUUACGCCAAACCCCAGACUUAAGGAGGCAGGGCGUCUGCGUAUUGACUUCUGGGAAAAGUAGAUUUGAUGCUGUCGGCGCGUUUUGUUUACGACGGAAACUACAACCCCCAGGGGCCACCGCGACGCUGCGUGUGGCUGCCUGGGAAACAACGGUUAGCGGAGGCUGGGGUUGACUGAGAGCGUCGGCUCGGAUCCACUUAUGAGUCCAUGGAACUAGGUCAGAGAUGAAUUAGAUGACCACCACCAUACUCUACGCAGAAUCACUCUUCCUCCCCUCAACCAAAUAAUGGAUACUGAAUUAAUGCAUAGUAUAGUAGGAAGUUAUCUUAAACCUCCAGAAAGAGUGUUUGUUCCAUCAAUCACCCAACGCGAAUCAUCUCAGAACUGCCACCCUAUGAACUCAGAAGUUAUCUCUCCUAAAACGCUUCAUAGCCCAAAUAGCCAAGCUCUUAUUUUAGCCUUAAAAACUCUUCAGGAAAAGAUUCAUCGUUUAGAGCUAGAGAGAACACAAGCUGAAGAUAACUUGAACAUUCUUUCCAGAGAAGCAGCACAGUAUAAAAAGGCCUUGGAGAUUGAAACAAAUGAGAGAAAUCUGGCACAUGAGGAAUUGAUAAAACAGAAAAAAGAUAUAAGUAUACAGCUAAGCUCAGCCCAGUCUCGUUGUACUCUUCUAGAGAAGCAAUUAGAGUAUACGAAGAGAAUGGUUCUCAAUGUAGAGCGAGAAAAGAAUAUGAUCCUAGAACAACAGGCGCAGCUUCAAAGGGAAAAAGAACAAGAUCAGAUGAAGCUUCAUGCAAAACUUGAAAAGCUUGAUGUCUUAGAAAAAGAGUGUUUUAGACUGACAACAACUCAGAAAACUGCUGAAGACAAGAUUAAACAUUUAGAGGAAAAACUUAAGGAAGAAGAACAUCAGCGUAAGCUAUUUCAAGAUAAAGCUUCUGAGCUUCAAACUGGACUUGAAAUCAGUAAAAUUUUAAUGUCUUCAGUUUCAAAUCCAAAACACUCCAAAGAAAAGAGGAAAUCUUCAAAGAAAACUAAAUGUUUAAAUAGAGGACCACCUCAGCAAAUUUAUUCAAAGUUUGGAGCACUGCCUUUUGUUGCUGAAAAGUUUGCCAGUGCAGGCUGUUCUGUGAAUGCAAGUAUGCAAAGCCUCCUGCAGAUGACGCAACAUCAUGGCUCACGUAUUCUUCAGAAACCUGAAGUGACUAAGCCUAGAUGUCUCUAUAAGCCUACUAGAACAACUUCCCAGUUUAAAGCUGUACCUUCUGACUCGAAAGUGUCCAUUUCCAUUUGUGACAAUUUGUCUGAACUUUUGAUGGCAAUGCAAGAUGAGCUGGACCAAAUGAGUGUGGAGCACCAAGAACUACUGAAACAAAUGAAGGAAACUGAAAGCCAUUCAGUCUGUGAUGACAUAGAAUGUGAACUAGAGCAUUUAGUCAAGAAAAUGGAAAUCAAAGGAGAACAAAUUUCCAAACUGAAGAAGCAUCAAGUCAGUGUUCGUAAACUGCAGCAAAAAGUUCAAAACUCAAAGAUGAGUGAAGCUUCAGGUAUUCGGCAAGAAGAUAACAACCCUAAAGGAUCAAAGAACAUAAAAAAUAGCCCCAGAAAAUGUUUGAGUGAAACUAACCCUUUUCAGAAAAACAGCGACUUUCGUCCAAUACAAGUUCAUAAUCUUCAAGUGAAAUUGAGAAGAGAUGAUAUCAUGUGGGAACAGUAACAUGAUAGCAAAACUGUCACCUUAAAUGAACUUUAUCAGUGAGAUCUUGAAUUGUCAAAGUGGUUUUAAUUUAAUAUACCUUUGUGAAAUUUUGAAUUAUGUUUCUAGCCUCUAUAAAACAUGAAGAAGUUGUAGUAUUUUUAGCUAAUGCCUAAUGACAUACUAAAAGCCCCAAAUAAUAAAUGGUUGCUUUUUUGUUUUUCUUAUUGACUGAAGUCCCUAACCUCAUUAUGUUUUAGAAACACUGUUCACUUUGCAGUUAUCUUAAGCUAAAUCUAGGAAAUUGUACUGGAUUGACAGUAUUCAAAAUUGGGUUAUUUAUUUUGUGUGUGUGGGCGGCUGGCUGGUGUAGAGAUCCAAACCCUUGACCUUGGCACUAUCAGCACUGCACUGUAACCAAGUGAAAUAACCAGCCAGCCCCAAUAUUGGGUUAAAUCUGAGACACAAGUACCAUUCCACUUUUUCAUUUAGUAAGCUUGUAUCCUUGAGAGCCAACGUUAA